AGCCGUUCGGCAGCAAGUGGUCAACCAGAGAUGGUCAUAAUUUCACGAUGAUGGACUAUCAAUUGUUCCCUUCCACCGAUUAGUCCUCGCAAACGCUGCUUCCAGGCAUGACAGUGAAAGCGCUACUUGCGAUCGCCAGCAUUGCGGUAACAUGGAUACCCGCUCCAUCGACAGCGCAGGGGUCUCCUGGACUUUGCUGCAAAGACGCUACUGAUUGUUUCCGCCCUGGAGACUGGCGGCAGAUUUUUCAAUGCCCUGCAUCCCAUUGGAACAAGCACAUGCCCCAUCCCCCCUGGGAGUGGUACAAGCUUACGAAUGCUUCGGGUGCUCAAAAGAUCUGCUCAGGAGGCUCGAAGGAGUGGCACGCGUGUGUUGCAGACUCCGAGUGUCCGGGAGGGACAUGCUCCAUCGUCCCCCUCCCGGCCGACAAGUACGUGCACGAGUAUAUGUCCUGCUGCAUGCAAUGCGUGUGGAACUUGCAAUAUCCGAUCGGAGAUCCGAUCCAAGUGACGUCAGGGCCCCUCCUGAAUGAAACCAGCGAGCUCGGCGUCAUCCCCAAGUACCUCAACUGCUCAGUCUUCCCGGACGAGUUCCGCCAGCUGGACUCCAGCAGCGCCGGGCACCCGGCUGGCUACCUGUCGAUGAGCGAGUUGGAGCAGGGCUUCUUUUCUCAGAUCCCGAACAAGCAGAUGAUUGACGCCAACUUCCUCAACGCGUCCGUGAUGUUUGCGAUCGCAGAUCUCAACAAGGACGGGCUGUUGAGCUACGAGGAGUAUGUCAUCCUCAGGCACUUCUGGACUCCAUUCCUCCUCUCCAGCACGGCUCCAGCACCCAUCGACAACGAGAACACCCUCGCCAUGGGCCCCCUCGGAGGAGUCUUCGUUGACAACAGCACGGUCAGUGUGUGGGUUGUGACAGCCAACAACCUUCUCCUUCGCCUGUACAUCGCCAACGGCUGGUCGUCUGCAAGGACCAGACAACCGCAACCAGGCGAGGAGCUGUUUUAUCAGCAGAACGCUGACCUGGAUGGCUCCACCCGAAUCUCUUUGGAGGAGCACUACUUCAGGGUGUUUGCAGACAUCAACGGAAAUGGAGUGUUGGAGCGCUGGGAGUACAACCUAUCGCUCUAUGACAAGAGCACGUCGGCUGGGGGCAACUUUCAAGGAUGGGCGUCGUGGGCGGAUCACGACCUCAACGACGAUGGAGUGGUCACCUUCAUCGAGAGGAAGCGGAUCUUUGCAGACAGGAAUGCGGACAACUUCAUCAAUCUCACGGAGUGGAAGCUCGCGGACUUUCCCACCGCAUACGGUCCUUAUCAAGGUCACAAAGGGAGCAACGGGAUGAUUGGAAAGGAGCAGUACGCGUUUUACUCGCUCUAUCACUACUGCACGUUGCGCUCCUCCACAGCCUACGCUUCCUACUCCAGCAGCUACCCCUGGAGCUCGCAGUGUCCUCUGGUGUUUGCCAUCCUGAACGACACCUCCUUCUUCCGCGACGCGUUAGAGAAGCAGCAGUUUGAUCUGGGAACGCUUCAGGUUGAUCCCAACCUUGCAGGCUUCGUGUAUAGAGUGCUGAACAACGUUACUCGUCGCCUGGGCUGGCAGGGAACUCUAAAGGUCUUGCCCAACCCCCAUAGAGAGCUGCAAGGAGCAGCAACGGACCUCUCGUCCUACAACAUCACUCCUCCGAACAUCUACUCUCGGUCUUUCAACCUUGCCGUCAUCACGGAGUACACGAAUGUGCCCAGCGAGUGGUUGUGCACCUCCUCGCUCUGGCCAGAUGACGGUCUCAGUGUCGUGGUGAGGUCCGAGGACCAGUCCAUCUCUCUCUACACCGUCCUCGCAGAGAUGAUAGUUUCUCCUCAGUUCGUCAAUUUCUUCUGCUCCUUGUUCUUCACCGUCCUCAUCGUUGGACACGUGAUUUGGAUCAUCGAGAGGUGGACCAACGAGACGAUUUUCCGUCCCUUCUACGCGGAAGGAGUCAUUGAUGGCCUUUGGUGGGCGAUGGUGACGAUGACGACUGUCGGAUACGGAGACAAAGCCCCGGUCAGUGAGAUCGGCAAACUCUUCGGCAUCUUCUGGUUGAUUUUUGGUCUGAUUGUCUUCGGGACCUUCUCAAGUCAAGUCACUUCCUUCAUCGGUGACCAACUUGCUGUCAACAACAUCGCUGAUGCCGAUUCUCUCGCUGGUUUCGUUGUGGGUGUGCUCAACCGAACCUCCUCCCUCAAUCUCGACCUUCAGUAUGGGUUCACCAGCACCGUCUGCGACUCGGUCAAGACAUGCGUCGACAAGCUGGCCAACAACCAGCUUGACGCGCUCCUUCUCCCUCGCGCCGACGUCGUCAACUACUUCCGCUCCAGCCAGCUCGCCUUCACGCUCUGCGGCAACCAGCUCAAGUUUGUCGGGGGGAGCGUCACGAGCAGCGUCGUCAUCCUCCUUCAGCCCGCCAUCAGGGUCUGCACGUACGGGCAGAGCGUGUAUGCUGCCACGUACUUGAUGAACGCCAUCGACUCGACGGUGCAGGCGAUGACGCAGGAUGGCACAAUGAGCAGCAUCGUGGCCGAGGAGCGAGAUUUCAUCUACCCUCCUGCGGUCACCGACGCCUCUUGCGGCUCUUCGAGCUUGUGGAACGUCCCACUCAUCAUAGCAGCCCUGGUCCUCCUCUUUGUGUACGGGUGCCUGGUGAACAUACAGGAUGGCGGGGUCCUAAGGAGCGUGCUUAGCGCCUUACUCCCUCGACUGUUCCCUCCUGUGAUCGAGGAGGAGGAGGGAGUGAUGGCGGUUCUACGGCAGCCUUCGUUCAAGAAGCGCAAGCUAGAUGCUUUCUCCGUGGAGUUCCCGCAGCCCCUAAGGAAGAAGGAGGUGGAGCCUCUGGUGCAUGCUAGCAAGCUGCUAGGAGUUUUCAGCGCUAUGCAGUCCAGCGACAUUCGUAGCAUCAACCAAGAGGUCUCGGACUACUCCCACGUGCUGAAGCAGAUAGCUCGUCUGUUCGUCUUCUGCUUCGUCCUCCUCCUCGUCAUCUACGGCAUCCUCCUCGGCGUCAUUGCAGCUGCCUGGGGCAGCAAGCUGCAGGUCAGGAAGCCAUGAAAGAACAGAUGAAAUUUCGAUGUGCAUGUUAGUGAUAGAGUUGUGCUCUCCUUGUACAGUUAUGUAAACAGAAAGACAAUC